AACACUGUCAUUCGUUUACCAAACACAUUCGCUACUUCACGCUCGUUUCACUAAGUCGACAUCUGAACAGCCCUUCCAAAAUGCACUUCACAUCCACCCUCAUCUUCGCCACGACACUGCUCGCACCCUUUGCAGCUGCUGAUCUCCACUGGAGCGGCUUGUGCGUCGACAACGUCGGCGGGCAAAACGUUUACAACGAUGCCGCAACCAAGGCUGCAUGCACAGCUUACGCAGCGCGGAAUACUGGAUCAGAGCAGUGGGAUACGUGCCCAGACUGUGUAAUGCAAACGGUGGGAGGACUUCCUUCGUGCAACUCGCCCGCGAAGCAUAUUGGGGGCGAUGAACUGAGCUACUACUGUGAGCAGAAUGGGGCUGGGGGCUCUAUCGCGGACUAG